UUCCUCCUCCUGAGUCCUAACUCAUUCCCAAAAUAGACCAAUUUGCCAAAUGUCCUCUCCUCCUCCCAACACAACCGCCACCCAAAAACACACACUUACACACUACCACCCUCAAGUGGCCUAAAAAUUCGAAAACCCAGAAACCUCUUAUAUUGUCCUUCUCUGAUAUCCCUCUUAGUCUCCUCUUCUGUUUUCCAGUGACAAUUAGUAUCUCUGCAUGUAAAAUGGGCGCUAAUGCUUCUUCCAUGGAACAAUCAGACCCAAAUGGGCUGCUGCUUAGCCCGUCACUGAAAGCAAAAUUAAGUGACAUACCGGAAUCUUGCGUGGCUUUAGUCUUGUCCCAUCUGGAUCCCCCGGAGAUCUGCAAGUUAGCCCGUCUCAACCGGGCUUUCCGGGAUGCUUCCUCUGCUGACUUUAUCUGGGAGCCUAAACUGCCUUCCACUUAUCCCUAUAUCCUCAAGAUAUUGCUUCAAGAUGAACCCUUUACUCCUCUGGGCAAAAGGGAUAUUUUUGCGCUGCUAUCCAAGCCCAAUUCUUUUGAUGCUGGCACAAAGGAGGUUUGGAUUGAUAAGAAGACUGGAGGGGUAUGUUUAUCAAUAUCUUGGAAGGCGAUGACCAUAACGGGAAUUGAUGAUAGGCGAUAUUGGAAGCACGUUGCCACUGAUGAGUCUAGAUUCCAAACUAUUGCCUAUCUUCAACAAAUCUGGUGGCUUGAGGUAGUUGGAGAUUUCAAAUUCCAGUUUCCAGUAGGCACCUAUAGUCUGUUUUUCAGACUCAAACUUGGAAAGGCAACUAAUAAGAGACUUGGAAGAAGACGGGUGUAUGCUUCUGAUAACAUACAUGGCUGGGACAUAAAACCAGUGCAGUUUCAGUUUACGACUUCGGAUGGUCAGUGUGCUGUGAGUCGUUGUGUACUGGAUAAUUUGGGAAGCUGGGUAAACUACCAUGUAGGUGACUUCAUUGUUGAGGAUUCCAACGCACUGACCAGGGUAAAAUUUUCACUCACUCAGAUUGAUUGCACUCAUAGUAAAGGAGGUUUAUAUGUAGAUUCGGUUUUGAUAUGCCCCUGUAAUUUAGGAAAGAAUGUAGUAGAUCUUUGUUGUAGACCGUGAAAAAGCUCCAGGUAAUACAAUUGUGAAAAAGGCCCUGUAAUUUAUGAAGAUUUUUGUUAGGAAGAAGCAAUCCUGUUUUUGUU